CAAGCCGGAUAUCUAUGGGUUAGUCAUAAGAAUUUCUAAAGACAAUCCCUCAGCUGAUGUAAAGAAACUACAGUGUGAUUCACAAUGCUUUUUUAUGACUUGUUCUUUUCAAUUAUGCAAGAGGGACUGACAGCCCUGCCUAGGAUGUACAUGGCUUUGUGGGAGAAAUGGAAGACAGUUGGAGUGACAUAUAUCCAAAAUGGCCACCAGUUAUGGCGGAUACCUGCAGUUUCACAGGACGGCUGUGUUGGGGGUGAGUUUGUUGCCAUAGGAAGCAGUGAUCCACUAGCACAGGGACCACCGGUGUUCAAACAGGAGCCGAAGUCCAACUAUUACGUGAUGAAAAAUAAACCUGUUACAAUUACAUGUAAAGCCACACCGGCAAUUCAAAUAACAUUCAAGUGUGCUGGGGCAGAUGUUUCACCAAGACAACAGACUAAUUUAAAACUUGUUGAUCAAGUGACUGCGAUCAAGACAUUGCAGUCCAGCAUCAAAGUCUCAAGAGAAGAAGUGGAGGAAUACUAUGGCUCAGAUGGCUAUCUGUGUCAGUGCUUUGCUUGGAAUACUGUUCCUGGUUUCAGUGCCCCCAAGUCCAUGGAGAGUCGGAAGGGCCUUGUUGAAGUGGCAUUUUGUAAUUCAAAAAAGCGCUUUCAGCGGGAGCCAAUGAGCAUGAAUGUGGAGAUUGAAUCAUCGGCUGAGUUGCAGUGUUUGCCGCCAGAUGGGAAGCCAUUGCCACAGGUUUUUUGGCUGAAAGACGGGAUACAGAUCAACACGAAGGAAAUGAAUUUCAUCAUAUCGAGCGAAGGCAGCCUGCUCAUCAGCCAGGCUCGCCUUAAAGACACGGGCAACUAUACUUGUGGUGCCAACAAUCCUGCAAGUCGGCGCCUCAGUGAAUCCGCCGUAUUAACCGUCUAUGUGAAUGGUGGCUGGUCAACAUGGAGUUCAUGGACAGAUUGUUCAGCAAAGUGUGGCAAGGGCAAGCAACGUCGUACCCGCACCUGCACCAACCCUGCCCCCCUGAACGGCAGCAACAUCUGUGGUGGGGAAGCUGUACAGCAGAGUUCCUGCACUGCCAUUUGUCCAGUUGAUGGCUUAUGGGCGCCUUGGUCGUCCUGGUCUACUUGUAGUCCCGAUUGUAUUCAUCAUCGUCGAAGGUCAUGUGACAAUCCCAAACCGACCAAUGGCGGAGAUUAUUGCAAUGGAAAUGACCUUGACACCACAAACUGCACAGGGGGAAUGUGCAGAGAAAAAAGACAAAUUGCCCCAAGAAAACCAGUGUCAAAGAAAGCAGGGAAAGACAUAGAAUCGAACCUAUACAACUCCUUUGUUGAAAAAUCUCAUGAAGCAAGUCGAGCCGAGGACGAUGAAAACAUCCCAGUAUACAUCAGUGUGUGCGCUGCUGUGGCGGUACUCAUCAUCGCGAUCGUCAUCAUUGUCAUAGUGAUGAGACGGAAACGAACUCAGAACAGAGGUCCAUUUUCGGAUGGCCAUCGACCUGAUGCAAAUAUUUCUUCUCUUGGAGAUGAUGAGAAGAAGAUCAGCAAAAAUGGAGAUAUGUUGUCAGUCCAGCCUGAUCUAACGCAGACUGUUGUAACAGUUCAACAUGCAAACUCGGGAGAUUCACCAAACAACAACCAUGUUAACACAAUGGAGAAACCACCAGCAUACAGUGUUCCUGACAACAACCUACAACAUAGACACUCAGCAACUUUGGGCAAGAGUAGCAAAACUCUUUUGGUGGAGCCUACAAUUAACCACAACGUCAAUAAUUCUAUGGAGAAAUUGACAAUUAAAGACAAAAGCAAUUUAUCAGUACCGUCUAUGGGCAGCGGUAGACCAAUGUCGCAAUGUGAAUCAUUGCAGGAUAGUCGUCAAUCGAUGAUCUCCAUGCAGUUGCCAAGUACGAUAGAUGCAGAGGCAGUCACUUGGAGUACAUUUACCAGUAAUGGUGGCAGACUCCUGCUUCCGGAAUCAGGUGUAAGCUUGAUGGUGCCAGAGGGGGCGAUAAAGAAAGGCACUGUGGAGGAGAUUUACAUGGCCAUAUGUCGGGACGACAAAGACAGACCAAGAUUACAUGAUCGUCAAACUGUUCUGAGUCCUGUGAUCCUUGUGGGUCCACAGAGUGUAGUGUUGAAAAAGCCAGUUAUUUUAUCUUUCCAACACUGUGCCAGUAUGAGACAAGGUGGCUGGAUUCUGUCAGUGUACAACAGUGGUACCCCAGCAGAUGAACCCCCACAGUGGCAGCGCCUGGUGACCCUGGGUCAUGAGACGAUCAACACGCCUCUGUACAUGCAGCUGGAUGCUGACCACUGCCAUCUUGUCACAGAUUCUUUGAAUCGCUAUGCCCUGAUUGGUGAAUCUGUCGGUGGCGGUCGGGCAGUGAAGAUUCUCCGACUAGCAGCAUUUGCUCCUGCAAUAACACCCUCUCUUGAUUACAGUAUUAGAGUCUAUGUUGUGGAAGACACACAGGAUGCUCUUGAGGGUGUCCUUCAAGUAGAGCGAAGACUUGGAGGUCGACUCCUUGACAAACCAAAACAGAUUCCAUUCCAAGAUGGCGGCAACAAUCUUUGUCUUACCAUAGAAGAACUCUCUCCAGGGUGGAGAAGUAAACUUGCUGCAAACUAUCAGGAAAUUCCAUUCCGACACAUUUGGAGCGGAAACCAGAAUAACCUGCACUGUUCGUUCAGCCUGGAGUUGAUAGACCGGUCUCAGUACAAGAUCAGCUGUAAGAUACAGGUGUAUCAGAAAGCCAUCCUGAGCAACAGACAAGUCCUGCAGAUUGUCAGCAAUCUCAAAGAGAAAAUACCUUCCUGUCCAACUCCAUCUGGUACCUUGAAAGGCCGGUCGUCAACGGUAACGACUAACUCCUCUGGAACCAGCUCUGGGUUUAGCUCCAUGGUAACACUAGAUCCAUCAGCACAGGUCUUCAGGUUGCCACCACACAUCAAGGCCCAGCUUUGCAUGCUGUUGGAUCCCCCCAAUUCCCGCGGCAACGACUGGAGGAUGCUCGCACGCACCCUGUCGGUAGAUAGGUAUAUCAACUUCUUUGCCACAAAGCCAAGCCCAACUGAACACAUCCUGGAUCUGUGGGAGGCCAGGCAUCGAGAAGAGACAGCCAUUACUGAUCUUAUGAACGUUCUUCGCGUGAUGGGCCGAAUGGACGCGGCGGCGGUCUUGGAGAAGGACAUGGGAGCAUGGUUAUGAUGUGCCCCCACCUCCUGUCAUAUCAUCUCAUUGUGAUAACAAACUGCAGUUUGGAUCUAGCACAAACAUGUGGAAAUCGGUGGAAUCGGUGAAAGAUGGAAAAUGGUGGAACAGCUUUAGUCGUGUGUACAAAAUGCUUUUCCCGGAUAGCCUGGCAUUGUGUCAGAACUCAUUUGUCGACACAUUGUGUUGGAGCUCUCUUGUUGACACAUUGUCUCAGAACUCUUUCGUUGACACAUUGUAACAGAGCUCCCUUGUCGACGCAAUGUGUUGGAACUCCUGUUGACACAUUGUAACAGAGCUCCCUUGUCGACACAAAGUGUUGGAACUCCUGUUGACACAUUGUAACAGAGCUCCCUUGUCAACACAACAUGUUGGAGCUCCUGUUGACACAAUGCUUGAAGCAGUGCUGCUUGUUUUGUAUGUUUUGUGCUAUAUCUCCAACAUCUGAAACUGAUAUUGUGCUAUGAAGGUGCUAUUUUGAAGUGAUUGCCUUGAACUAAGGGAGGUAACCAUGACAUGGAUUGCUCAGAAGGUUAAAGUUAUGAAUUACUUCCUGGAUGGUCGGCCACUUUGACUUCUGAUUUGUUGAGGAGAAAGGACUCGUACUUCAAGGUGCAGAAGUGAGAGAUCAGCCUCUCCAGUAUUAAUCUGAUCCAAAGCACAUUAUCAUGGCAGUAGAACAAAGGCAGUAUUUAUGAAAGAACACAGCCACCUAACUGGAUGGACAUUCAUCUCAUAUAUUCUGUGUGCCUCAUCGGUAGAACUAAGUAGAAAGAAAGGAUGCAAAAUAGAACUAAUCUAGGAUGUGACCAAUAUCAUACCUCAAGGUGUUGCUAUUCAUAUUACAUGCAUGCCCGAACUGCAGGGCGACAUAGCCUUUAUUCUACAACAUCAAAUGUGUCUGGACAAAUAAUGACCUUAAGGUCAUCCUAGUUCAAGGUCAAACAUUGACCUCAAGGUCAUCCUGCAGACAAUUUCCUUGCUGCAGGGAGAUAUAUGCAAUGUGCUUCAUUUGCAUUUCUACUUGCUGCCAUCAAGAUAAAAAAAAUGAGACUGAAAAAAAAGACAAAAAAGUUACUCUUGUGCAAAGACUUCAAUAUUGGUAUGAAUGAAAGCUUUAUGUGGGGAUGUAUGUGUGUCUCUUGCAAAGACAAACCAGCUUCGACUGGAGUCUGAUGUUUGUGAUCUGGUAACCAUAGCAACUGCUCUUGGCUUACCAUAGUUUGUAGAAAUAUUGCUUUUGUAUAUUUAUGUUGUCACGGCAACCAAAACGUUUGAGCUUUUUAUUUAUAGUGCCAUGUGCAGUGAUUACUGCACGCAGAGGACAAAGUAAAGCUGUUGGUUUUAUGUAUACACUGUAUCUAUGUGGUCAUGCUCAGAGGCAAACACUGAUUGGAGUGGUAGGAAAGUAGCAUGGCAGUUAAGUAUUAUGUACUGCUUUAUUGUACUGUUAAGAGAAGAAACUUCAUGCAUCAUUGUCUACAAUCUGGAUACCCAUUCACAGAAACAGGUUAUUUCUUUCUUUUUGUCUUCAUAAUUGAAUGUUUAAAAUUAUCUUUUAAUUAUAUUUUUCUUGUAAAUUUAUUUAAAUUAUUGUGCCCCUCUGUGUUUCUCCACACAUAAAGUGUUUGCCCGUGAGUCAUGACAGUAAACCAUUAUGAGUCUGCAGAAUCUCAGCAUGUAUCAAACCUCAUACACCAAGAACAAACAUAGGCAUGAAACACUGCAAGUUAUAGCUUAAAACGACACAAUGCUCUGUGUACGUUAAGGCCAAACAAGACACCAUGGUCUGUGUAUGUUAAGGCCAAACAAGACACCAUGGUCUGUGUACAUUCAGACCAAACAAGACACCAUGCUCUGUGUACAUUCAGACCAAACAAGACACCAUGGUCUGUGUACGUUAAGGCCAAACAAGACACCAUGGUCUGUGUACAUUCAGACCAAACAAGACACCAUAGUCUGUUUACGUUAGGCCAAACAAGACACCAUCGUUUGUGUAUGUUCAGGCCAAACAAGACACCAUGGUCUGUGUACAUUAAGGCCAAACAAGACACCAUGGUCUGUGUACAUAAAGGCCAAACAAGACACCAUGGUCUGUGUACGUUAAGGCCAAACAAGACGCCAUGGUCUGUGUACAUUCAGACCAAACAAGACACCAUGGUCUGUGUA